AACUCCCACAAUCCUAUUCUCCCGUUUCGUUGUUACUGUAGCGCUUGCUGUAAAAACAAGAAUAAUGUCAGAGUAAAACUGUUACAGUGUGUUACAGAACAGAAGUGUUUUACUUUGUUUAAUAUUCCACAGAAGAUAUAUUGAAAUAAUACAGCAACUUUGUUGCAUUAAUAAUGACAGAAGAAAAACCUUGUAAAGUCUGCAACUUUUCACGUCAAAAAUCGUAUGGAAUUGCUGUCCGGUCUCUGGAAGACCUAAAAAUUAAAGGACGUGAGACGUUAGGCAUGGACUCCAAGGUGCUGGUCUCUGUGGUGUUAGAGGACGAUGGCACCAUUGUGGAAGAUGAGGCAUACUUCAUGUGCUUACCAUCUAACACCAAGUUCAUGAUUCUGAAUAGCAAAGAGAGAUGGGGUCCUGCAACCAGAGUUGAUGGCGGGACUGCCUGGUUAGGUGAGAGUAUUGACAGCGAUGAGAUGGACAGCGCUUUCACUGGCACCGAAUCGUGGAGGGGUCUGGCACAGCAGCUGAAACGAGAUCUCUCCAGCAUCAUACUGAUGUCCGAAGAGGAACUCCAGUGUCUUGUGGAUGUAUCCUGUGAGGAGCUGGCCAGGGAGCUGGGACACAAAGAGACUAAAGUGCAGAGCCUGCAGGACGCCCUCCAGAGGGUUCUGGACCAGAGGGAAGAGGAGCGGCAGUCCAGGGAGAUCCUGCAGCUCUACCUUCAGGCUGCAGAGAAGGAAACAAGCCCAGCAAGUACAGGCUGCAGCCAGGAGGUAGAUGAUGUCACUGAUGGAAUGGAGGUGGACUCCACCAAGGAGACUGCUGGACAGAGUUCCAAGUUCUGCCAAAGAACACUCAUGGUUCUGAAGGGUAAAACGAGCCCUGAAACCAGGCUGUCUAACCAAGACCUGCAGUUGGUGUUGAAUGAAGGCUUGCAGAACCUGUCUGCGGCGCUGAGCUGGGACACAGAGAAAGCGAAGGAUCUGCUGCAGGCUUGCGAGGAGGAGCUGGAGAAACGCUUAAACAAAGUGCAGGCUUUGCAGUCCCUCAGGAACUGCACCCAGGAGACUGAGGAAGAGGGAAACACACAGUCCAAACGCAGAAAAAAGGCUCCCUUUCAACCUUAAUCAUUUUAGUGCAGGAGCCCUUAACAGAGCGCAAACUCACAGCAAGAGCGCUCCACUCAAGCUGCCUCGAUGUAAAAUGUUUAAAAGCGAUAAUCUGUGGUACUGUGGCAUCUCUAUCCCCCCUCCCACACGUUUUGCUUAUCGUGAAAAAUAGAGCCCAGCAUUUUCUUUUAAUAUUCCAGGCAAUUAUGUUUCUUCUGGUAGUGCUUUUUAAUUAACUUUUUUUUACUGGGACAACGUUUGCACAGAUAAGUGGCAAUAAGGCACAACAGGAGGUGUGAUUAAUAUGAGAUGAUCACACCCUCUCAAUAGCAAAAGGGGAAUACAUUUACAUGCUGCAUUGUGUUUUGCCAAAUAUACAUUGGUGCAUUAACUGAUUUGGGUAGAUUGUUUUGUUGUAUGUUCCCUGCAAGUAUAAACAGUGCAGUUUCUUUUUUAAUCUUGAAUUACAGUAUUUGUUUUGUAAGGUUAAGUAAAUGUCUUAAAUACUAAAUAGUGGGGUUCCAAAAAAUAUAGCGUUAUACAUCCCUACGUGCUGCUACGACUGUUUAAAUAAUGUACCUGUGAUUUUUCUUUUCAUUGUUAACAUGCUGACAACUUUUCAAAAUGUCUGCUCUAGUGCACUGGGGGUUGAGAUCUGUCCACUAAAUCAUUGCAGCAAGAGCAAUUAAAAAAAAGACCUGGGGACAUGUAACAUUAUAUUUUUCAGAACCCAGCUGCUGUUCUACCCUCCUUCUUCUCCUUCUCAUCCCUCUUGGACUCUCUUUGCUCCCUGCUUCAGAGCCAUAAGCCCACCACGUGUGCUCUGGACCCCCUCGCCACUCACCUCCUCCAGGCUGCUGCCCCUGCUCAACUCCCUUUCAUUUCCUCUCUUCUCAACACCUCUCUGCUCUCUGGAUGUUUCUCCUCUGCCUUCAAACAGGCUUGCAUCACAUCCCUCCCUUGAGUCCUCAUCCCUCAAUAACUACAGUCCUGUCUCCCUUCUUCCAUUCCUCUCUAAAACCCUUGAGCGAGCGGUACAUCGCCAGCUUUCUGCUUUCCUAUUAACACAUUCUCUGCUCACCUCCUCCAAUCUGGUUUUAGCCCGGCACACUCCAAUGAAACUGCUGUUCUCUCCAUCACUAACUCUCUACUCUCUGCCCAUGCCGCCUCCCUCUCUGUCCUAAUUCUCCUCGACAUCUCUGCAGCCUUUGACACAGUCGCCCACUCUAUUCUCCUGUCCUCGCUUGCUGACCUGGGAGUCUCAAACUGCUCUUGCCUGGUUCUCCUCCUACCUCUCCGAUCGUAUGUACCGGGUGUGGCUCACCCUUUCCCUCUUGCUCUGUUUUCGAGAGGUGUCCCCCAAGGCUGUCUGCACCCACUCCCUGAGUCCCGUCAUCUCCUCCUUUGCCUUCUUGUAUCAUUUCUAUGCUGAUGAUGCUCAGAUGUUCCUCUCUUUUCCCCACCUCUGACUCCGACAUUUCCUCCCGUAUCUCUACCUGCCUCUCGCCCAUCUCCUCCUGGACUCGCAUCAUCUCAACCUCUCCAAAUCAGACCUCCUUCCCCCUCCUCCUCUCCCACCGCUGAUCUCUAUCUAUUUUCCUCUUGAAUCCACUACCCUCUCUCCCUCCUCAUCCACCAAGAACCUUGGGGUCACCCAUUCAAGUUUUUUGUAAAUGCUCUUAUUCGAAAUCAUUCUCAUCCAUUUAUCGUACUUACAACAUGCUCUUACUGGACUAUACUCAUGUAUCAAGUAUUUUUACUCUAAGUUAACUGCUCAGUCAAACUCACUCUUAAAUGUAAUUAUUUACUGUAUUCUUUACUUUGCUCUUAUUUGAUCUUAUUUGCUACUGAU